UCAAAAUUGAGAUUCUUAAUAUAUAAGAAUUUUAGCAUUUUAUAUAAUUGAAGUUAAACUGUCCCUAUUUAUGUUAGUUUUUCAAGUAACUGAUUAUGCCCAAUAAUUGCACUUUAUACGAGUAAGUACCAACAAGGUACGAGGAUUACCUGCAUCUAUCUCCAUUCUCCCCGGAGGAACAAAUACGAGGAUUCGGCGAAAUUAAGGAAAAAUUUUGAAUCUCAAAGGGAACAAACCCUAGUGUUUUCCACUGCUUUUAUUUUUCCUCUCUAACUGCAGCAAAAAAUGGAAUUUGGGAGAAAGAGAAGAGUAGGUGGUAAUUUUGGUAGCAAUUCAGGCAUCAAGAAAUCAAGAAAUGAAUCAGAAUCCUUUAUGACUGGUGUAGGAAGCAAAUCAAAGCCAUGCAUGAAGUUUUUCAGCACUUCCGGAUGCUCAUAUGGAGAGGGAUGUCACUUUCUUCACUAUGUUCCUGGCUACACUGCUAUGAGCCAGCUAUCAAACAUGGGUUCGAAUCCAGCACCUCCAUUUGGAAGGAAUGGUGCCUCUUUUAGUGAUGGUCCUGUUCCCACUGUGAAGUCAAAGUUUUGUAGCAGAUUCAACACUGCAGAAGGGUGCAGGUUUGGCGAUAAGUGCCACUUUGCUCAUAGUGAGAUGGAGGUUGGGAAGCAGGUGCGUCCGGGGUACAAUGAUUUCCAAGCCAAAGGUCCUCUGAGUGGGUUCUCUCCCAUGGUACGGGGUCCUGGUGGGCCAUUUAAAACAAAAAUGUGUGCGAAUUUUUCAAAAGGCUUAUGCACAUUUGGAGAGAAAUGCCAUUUUGCUCAUGGGCUGAAUGAGUUGCAGAAGCCAUUGGCUUGAUUUUAUACUGUGUAUUAGCAAAGUAUUGUUUGCCAAUAGGCAAUAGGAGGUAGUACAACGAUCAACAUUGAAAGGAUAUUGGCUGUGCUGUAUUAGUUAGUGUAUUAUGUGUCCUCCUAGGAUGGGAGUUGCCCAGGUAUUUCAUAUCUUUGUAUGUUGUUCCCAUCGAGCAUUAGGUGUCCUCGGACGAAAGUCCAUGGGUAACCUUAGGAUCUUGUUAUUGCAUUAGAAUAAUUGGGCUUCAAAAUUGAGAAAUGUUAAACAGAGCUCAGAACACACUCUUUUACUUGUA